AUGGAGCAGCCGUAUUUGCAGUACGGCCACAGCCAUAUCAGCCACAAUGAAUUGAGCCCCUACCCCGAAGCUGAGCCGCGAAGCAUGGAAUGCUCAUACAGCAUCGGACCGUCCAGUUCUACCUUCACCGGAGAAUGGUUUCAGUCCACGUUGCACUCAGAUUCCAUCGCCCCCAUUUACCAGCUUUUGCCAUAUCUAGGCACGACCUCCGGCGCCAUGUCACACUACGAUCCCAAUCAUCUGGUCGAGGCCAGUAAUACACAAAUACUCACGCACUCAACACCACCGAUGAUGCAGGCAGCGGUGCCAUCACCCAACUGGGACAUUCUAAGCUCCAGCGAGGGUUCUCAGAGCCCGGCAGAGGAACGCGAGGAGGAGGUCUGGGAGCCGGAAGACCUCCGCCGUAUGGGCUAUCUCGACGGCAGCGGGAACUGGCGUUGCAAGUUUGAGGGGUGUCGAUCCUCACGCGUGUUUAUGCGUGCUUGCGAUUUGAGGAAACACUUUCGUGGACACGACAAGUACUUUUUCUGCACGGAGAAGCCUUGUGCAAAUGCUGGCGUGGGAUUUGCGACGAGGAAGGACUAUCAACGGCAUAUGGGCUCCCACAGGCCGACGAUCAAAUGUCCUCAUCAAGAUUGUGGGAGAAUCUUCAGUCGGAAAGAUAAUAUGAGAGAGCAUUUCAAAAAGAUUCACUUGCGGUUGCGAAAUAACUUGUUUCCUCGGCCUUGCCGCCGGCCUCGUCGUGGUGAACGACCAAAGUCUCCAGUACUGAAGGUCGAGACUGAGUAA